GUGAACACAUGUCACCUUUAAAGUUUUUUCUUCUUUUGUCACUCACAUCUGUUCCACAGUACCACGUAUAUGUCCAAUCAUUGAUUACGUCGCCACGUUCAAAAGAAACAGUAAGUUUGUAAAAAUAAAGUAUGUAAAAAUCUGGAUUUGAUUUGAUUAUGAUUCGGCGGAAAGCCAAGGAGUACAGUGGUUCCAGUCUAGAACUAGGUGGUGCGGCAGAUCUCACAAAACAUGUCCCUAUGAAGAAACUUAAAUCUAUGAAAGCCGUGAAAUACAUUAUUUUAAUUAUGUUGGGGUUUAUCCUACAUGCUGGAUACAGGUUUCUUACAAAGCCGAACUCACAGGGAGACAUAAUCGAUAUCUCUCCUGACGACAUUGUAAAUAGUGAAGCCCCCAGUAACAAUGAUUGGGAAGACGAGAAAAAUCCAUUUAUUGAAGAAUUAGAGCAAGAGUCAAAGGUCAGAGAGAAAUUAGGUGAUCAUGCAAAGCAAGUUUUUGACAGUCAUAGGACAAAGAAUACUGUAAGUGUAAAAAUUGAAAAAGACUCGGAUAAACACAAUAUAGUAAAAACUGAUGAACAUAUGAAAAAGCAAAACAAACCAACAGAGAAAGUGGGAAAACAGCCUCCCGAUAGUUACCAUCUUAACAAGCAAAUCAAAGACAACAUUGUAGAUAAGAAAUUCAACCCUAGGAAUGACAAUGAGAGGAAAGAUUUAAAAAAAGAAAUGGAAAUAGAGAACCAGAUAGCAAAAUUAAUGGACGACAAUCAGGAUUCCCAAAAAUUGGACCAAAUGCCAGUGGAAGACUAUAAAGAUCCGGAAAAACCAAUCCAGAAAGACCCGGAAGUACAACAGGAAUUCCAUCAAAAAGCUGAACAGAUAGCCCAAGUAGUGAACAGUAAUAUUCAGAGUUUUGUUCUGUCUGAGGGACAUCACACUCACGACAUUCCCGCCCUCGUCACCGCUGUCUCGCAGCAGACAUUGAGCCAGAUUGAACAUCUCGUAACCUCCAUUCAGUACUUUUAUCCAAAGGAGGAUAUUUAUGUGUUUGAUCUGGAUCUUAAUGAUGACCAACGAUUAAAGUUGUCCUCAUUCUGCAAUGUGCGCAUGCGCGGUUUCUGGUUGAAUCUUUUCCCCAGCUUUAUCCAUGACUUAUCGAAUUUUUACUGGAGACCAUUAAUUAUCCAGACAGCCUUAGCGGAAUUUGGACACAUAACAUGGAUAAAUCCGGGAUUCAAAGUUAGUUCCAUGGCGUUCAAUGAUCUCGUGCACAAAUCUGAAGAGCCUGGGAUCUUAGUCAUAGGACAAAACGCAGAUUACUCUACAUUUGCUGUGACACACCCCAAAAUGUACAAAUAUUUAACAGUGGAUAGGAGAGAGUUAUUCAAGUCUCCACAUAUUGAGAUGAGGGCAAUGAUAAUUCAUAAUACAGAUGAAGUGAUGAACAACUUUAUGAAGCUUCUAACGGCGUGUGCAGUUGAGGAACAGUGCCUGAGUCCUCCUGGGGCUGCAUCUAAGUGCAGGUUUGAUGUGACAGGACGGGAGUAUGCUGAUUGUCAUCGUUAUGACGAGUCAGCUGUCAAUAUUAUUCUGAAAAAUUGGCUUGGACAUAAAUCCGCCACAUAUAUGGUGAAGAGUAAUUUCUUGCAGCCCAUCAAUAAGUAUGACAGAGCCAAUCCAAAGAUAUGCAGAACUUGAAAUCAACUACAUAGUGAAUAUGUUUAAAUAACUGAACAACAUGCAUACGAGUCAGGCUGCUCAACUGAGGAGUCACAUUUCUCUUUAUGUUAAAGAAGUAUCAGUAGUAAUUAUGGCCAUUAGACUUUAAGGCCAUGAUUUUGCCAAUUUAUAUCAAAUUAUAUUGAUUGUUCAUAUCAGCAUUACAAACUAAAGCAUUAAUGUUUUGAGCCAAUCUAAUCAAGACAUUGCAGAGAAGAGAGAUUCACGACAACUUUGGAAUUUUUUACAGAUUGUAAAAGACAAAACAUGUAGCUCAUCAUUCUAACCUGAAAGUUGAAUUAAAAUCAAUAUGAAGUCAUA